AUGCCUUCUAUCGCUAGACUCGGGGCAUUGAGAAAUCUGGGAAUCAGGCGGGUACCAAGGUUGUUGCAAGCACACAGAUUCUACGCCACUGAUAUAGAGGAUUUAAAAAAGCAAUCAGAUUCCACAGAAGCUGACAAUUCGGUUUCAGCAACUGGUGUCAUUGAUAAAAGAAGUAAUGAAGUAUUGUUAUACUAUUCAUUUGCCACGUCUCGAAAUUUCAUCAAAUCGUAUUUAUCACGACUUGCAUUGUUUGCCCCACGAUAUUCUGAUGAACAAGUCAAGAAGAAAGUGGAGAACCUUUCAUCCCCUUUACCUCAAGGGUCGACUUUGACGGAGGUAGUAGCAUUGGCCAGGGAUUCGGGGGCAUUUGUGAAGUAUCAAUUCCCACAAGAUGAAACAGCAAGACAUUUUAUUGAUCGAAUCAGAAAUAAUGUUGCCAAGAAUGAAAAGGAAAACGAGAAUGCCAUUAGUCGAGUGUUUGACUACUUGACUGAUAGGGCUCCAAAAGUUUAUAGUGUCAAGGGUGUUCCUUGGAUAGAGGAUUUGAAACGGUUUCCAAGUCCCAAAUUAGCAAUCAAAUUUGAAGGUGAUCCCUUGACCGAGGAAGAAUUGUAUGUUUUGUUCAGAAGGUAUGGAUUGAUUGAUGAUAUUAAAGCUGAUCCGGCCGAGUCAUCAGUGUUGUUUCACCAUAUUCGAGCCGCGACUUGUGCCAAGCAUUGUAUCACAGGGAUGCAGUUGAAUAAUGGUAAAACUACUAUUCAUAUUCAAUUUAGUCCUAUAAAGAGGAAAAACUACUUGGUUGAUUUUGUUUCAAACCAUACCAAGAUUUCAAUCCCGAUUAUAUUAGCUCUCUUGGCUGGGCUUGCAGUAAUGGUUUUUGAUCCAAUCAGAGAAUGGUUUAUUGAAUACAAGAUAACUCAUAGCAGACACACAUUUGAUCACUUUAAACAAAAUAAACUUUUCCAAUUACUUUACAUCCCUUACAAGUCACUUGCCAAUUUAGUGUCUAACAGCUAUGAUUACAUAGACACGCAACUUCAUGAAGUAGUUGGAACAAAUGAUGACGUUUCACUGGAUACUCAAUCCAUAGAUGAGAUUAAAAAGGAAAGCAAUAUGUUUUGGAAGGAAAGACUUGAAAAGUCAAAACAAUUGAAAUUAUGGAUUUUAGAAAACUUGAAUAGUUUUAUCAUUGUCAAGGGACCACAAGGUUCAGGUAAAGAGGAAUUUGUUUUGGAUCAUACGUUGGGCUCAGAUGAUCGAUUGAAUAACAAGAUCUUGGUGAUUGAAUGUGAUAAAUUGAGUAAAGCAAGAUCAGAAAACAGCUUGAUUGGAAGUACAGCUUCACAAUUGGGAUAUUUCCCUGUCUUUACGUGGACGAACUCAAUUUCACAAUUUGUUGAUUUGGCGGUUCAAGGGUUAACGGGACAAAAGUCAGGAUUGAGUGAAAGCAAAGAGACCCAGAUUAAGAACAUGUUUUCGUUGGCUACUCAAUCUAUUAGACAUAUUUGUGAAACCGAUUAUCAAAAGUAUGUUAAAAGUAUUGAACGUAGGAACAAGAAGUUGAAGGAUGAUGAAAAGAUUGAGAUUCUAAGACAAGAGGAUUUCCUAUCACAGCACCCGGAAUCAAAACCAAUCAUUGUGGUCAACAAAUUUGCCAGGCGAGCUGAUGUUCAUCUGAAUGAUUUUAUUUACCCGUUGAUUGCCGAGUGGGCAUCGGGAUUGAUCCAAAACAACGUUGCACAUGUUAUCUUUCUCACUGCCGAUGUUGGCUCAUUACAACAUUUAAAUGAAGCAUUGCCUAAUCAAGUGUUUAAAGAUAUCUCCUUGAGUGAUGCAUCAAUGAUGAGUUCAAAACAAUACGUAUGUGAUGUUUUGAACGUCAAAGAUAGUGUUGUAUUGAGUGAUUGUUUGGAACCACUAGGAGGAAGGAUGUUGGAUUUGCAAGCAUUUAUACGUCGAGUCAAAUCAGGUGAAGAUCCCGAAAGUGCAGUAACGGAAAUGAUUACUCAAGCUGCGGAAUUAAUCACUACAUUCUUUUUGAGUAAUCAAAGGAUCGAUAAAGGUGACAACAACUGGAAUUCUGCUCAAGUUUGGCUCAUUAUGAAGCUUUUACUGAAGAAAGAAUCUGUUACUUAUAACGAUUUGAUCAAACUGCCCUUGUUCAAAUCAUCAAAAGAAACAAUGGAUACAUUAACAACAUUAGAGAAAUUUGAUUUGAUUUCAUUAAAGAGGGAUAAGGGAGUAUUGAAUAAGAUCACUACUGGUAGGCCAUUAUUCAAAGCGGCAUUUGAAAAUAUAAUUGGCGAUUUGAGAAUUUGGAAGUUGUAUGAGACUGAUUACUUAACCAAUUUGAUUAAUUUGGAAGUGACCAAGAUCCAAAAAUUUGAAUCUGAAUUGAGUGGUAUUUACAAAAUCAACAAUAAAUUGGAUGGUCGUAUUGAUUACUUAUCGAAAAAGAUUGAAGGCUCGAAUAAGAAGAUAGUUGAUUAUGAAAAGGAAAUUGCUGAUAUUGCUGCAUAUCAAGGCGAUGCUAAAUCUCAUUCCUUUUUGGGAAUCUUUUAG